AUGAAAACAUUAAAACCAGAUCAUCCUCAGCUUACACCCAGUUAUUUUAGCAUUGGAUGUGAUUAUUUCAACAAAGAUGAUUAUCAACAAGCACUUGAAUCAUAUAAUAUACCAUUUGAUAUUCUUAAAAAAGCAUUUGGUGAAAGUCAUCCUGAUAUUGCUAUGUGCUUAAAUAAUAUUGGUUGCGUAUAUGAACGAUAG